ACCAACAAAUGAAGAUAAAACAAGUGUGCACAUUUGUACUUAUCAUCAUUGAUACCUCAUGAUUCUUGUAAAAAUAGUUAUUGUCCCUAGAACUUAAAAGAAGACACAUGAAGUAUUACUUGUACAGAUUCUGUGUGCAACUGUUCGAGAAGAAACAAGGCCUUUGGUUGGCUGUCUUGGAAAAAGUGGUUAGAUCCUCUGUGUGGCCUUUUCAGUUCUUUCCACGCAUACCCAACUAAAAAAGAACACACAUACUACUCAUGUCUCACACUUGAAGAAGCAGCGUUCUUGCCACUAUAAAUAGAUGCUCAUACUCUAGCAAUGCCCAAUAAGCAGCUCAAGGCACAUCGAAGUAUAUUAGCUUCGCAACAACCAGACAGAGCAUUUACCGUGCAAGACCAAAAUACCUCCCUCCCCUUCCAACCAUGUCUAGGUCUGUGGAACCUCUUAUUGUGGGGCGGGUGAUUGGAGAAGUUCUUGAUACAUUUAACCCAUGUGUGAAGAUGGUAACGACCUAUAACUCCAACAAGCUUGUCUUCAAUGGCCAUGAGCUCUACCCAUCAGCGGUUGUAUCUAAACCACGAGUAGAGGUCCAAGGGGGUGACUUGCGAUCCUUGUUCACACUGGUUAUGACAGACCCUGAUGUGCCAGGGCCAAGUGAUCCAUAUCUAAGGGAGCACCUUCACUGGAUUGUUACUGAUAUACCUGGGACAACAGAUGCUUCUUUUGGACGGGAAGUUAUAAGCUAUGAGAGCCCAAAGCCGAACAUAGGCAUCCACAGGUUCAUUUUUGUGCUCUUCAAGCAGAAGCGAAGGCAGACUGUAACUGUGCCUUCCUUCAGGGAUCAUUUCAACACCCGCCAGUUUGCUGCGGAGAAUGACCUCGGCCUCCCUGUGGCGGCUGUCUACUUCAACUGUCAGAGAGAGACUGCUGCCAGGAGGCGCUGAAAAUCCAGCUCUCGUUGUCCCAGUUAUGACAAAUAAAGGCCUAUGGAGUUCCAAUCUUCUUUUCGAAGUGGAUACUCGUCUGCUACAUUACUUGCUCGUGAACCAAUGCUUCCUUGCCACAUUACUUCCUCAUGGAUCUACAAAUAAAUCAAAUGCAUUUUGAAGAUUGUAUUAGAAUUAGAUUGUUUUGUAAGCAGUAAGAUUGAUAAUCAUGUUGACAAAUGCCAGUGCAGCAAGUGGUCCAUGUUUGUGGUUCCAAGUCGUGUAUUAGCCAGUUAUCACGAAAUCCAGGGUCAAGUAGACAAUCCUAACUGGCAAAAAGGCUUUAUCUACUGUAUGUCGCAUGCUGGUUCCAUGUUAUGUGCACCUUUUCGGCUUUUCUGACAAGCAA